GUCGCUCCGAUUUGUUGUUGAUUCUCCAACGUGUGCGGUUCGCUGGGCGCAUUUAAAUAAUUUUUAAAAUAAUUAACAAUUGUGCCGACUUGUGUCUUGCUGCCUAACCGUUAUCGUGUGUGUGCCAGUGUUUUUUUGUGUUUCGUGUGUGCCGUGUCCCGUUACCCGGUAAAACCCAAAAAACGCGCAGUUGCAAAUUACGCAGAGCUGGCAAGAACUGCAAUUAUUUUUGAAUAAUUAAACUAAAUAAGGCGACCAUGUGAUUACACCGUGUGUGAUAACAAAACGCUUACAAAGUCAUCGCCGUAAUAAUAUAUUGUUUACGCAAUAUACAGCCAACAAAAUUUUACGGAGACCGACAUAAUAACCAUUAAAGCAAUUACAACAAUUAUAAACAACAAUAUCGAAAUGAGCAAUACAAAACGCAUGAACUUGAACAACAAAUUUAAGCAUGCUUGAUCCAAUAUUCAGGCAUCCAGGUCUUAAUAGUGUCUACGAGAAAAGCCCCAAAAGCAAAAGCAACAGCACCAACAACAGCAACAUCUGCAUUUCCCCUCAUUCAGCAUCAACUAUACGUAGCGACAAGUAUUUCUGCUCCAGCGUUUUCCAUCUGGCCGCGUUUUCUAAGUGUUUUCCCAGGCCAACGUCAACUAUUCCGCCCCGCUCCGUCGCCUUCGUCACCUCGAGCCACACAUGUUGGGUAAAUUCACAUCGAACCAUGUCCAGGUCUACCACCAGUACUCGCGACCUGUGCCCGUAAAGAAGCCCGUCAAGCACCAGCCGCGUAGUUGGAUCGAGACAAAUUUCCAGAAGCGCGAGUGCAUCAAAUUCAUACCAUGCCCAAAGGACGAUACAAAGUGCUGCUGCGGCCAGGCCCAGAUCACGCAUCAGACGAUACCUGGCAUCGAGAGUGGGUCGCCCGGAGACCUCUGGCUGCCCACGAAGCACACCCGCCCGCAGCCCACAGAUGCCUAUGGAACCAUCGAGUUCCAGGGCGGCGCCCAUCCCACAAAGGCACAGUACGUUCGCCUGUCGUUCGACACGCGGCCGGAACUCCUGGUGCAGCUAUUCACCAAGGAAUGGAAUCUGGAAUUGCCAAAACUUUUGAUCACCGUGCAGGGCGGCAAGGCCAACUUUGAUUUGCAGGCCAAGCUGAAAAAGGAGAUACGCAAAGGACUGCUAAAGGCGGCCAAGACCACUGGAGCCUGGAUAUUCACUGGCGGCACAAACACCGGCGUCACCAAGCAAGUGGGCGAUGCCCUGCUCCUGGAGGGUCAGCAGCGGACAGGACGAGUGGUCAGCAUCGGUAUCGCCCCCUGGGGCAUCGUGGAGCGCAAUCACGAGCUGCUGGGCCACAACCGCGAAGUGCCCUGCCACAGCAUUAGUUCGCCCAGAUCCAAGCUGGCGGUGCUGAACAAUCGGCAUGCGUACUUUCUGCUGGUGGACAAUGGCACCCAGGCGAAGUAUGGCGCCGAACUGAUCCUGCGGCGCAAACUGGAGAAGUUUAUAUCCAACCUGAAGCUGCACCCAUCAAAGAAUCACUGGCUAAAAACAAACGUCACACAUUCCAGUACGCCCGUCGUCUGCCUGGUGAUCGAGGGCGGCACCAACACGAUACGUGCGGUGCUCGAGUACGUGACGGAUUCGCCGCCGGUUCCGGUGGUCGUAUGUGACGGAUCCGGGCGUGCCGCCGACCUGCUGGCCUUCGUCCACAAAUAUGCUUCGGAUGGCGAGGAGCAGCCGGUGCUGGAGUCCAUGCGGGACUAUCUCAUCGGGACCAUACAGAAGACCUUCGAGGUGGGGCUGGACCAGUCCGAGAAACUCUACCAGGAGCUGCUGCAGUGCACGCGGAACAAGAAUCUGAUUACCGUCUUUCGCAUACAGGAAAAGCCCGAGGGCGAGGCGCAGGAACUGGAUCAGACCAUCCUAACGGCCCUCUUCAAGUCGCAGCAUCUGAGUCCGCCGGAGCAAUUGAGUCUCGCCCUGACGUGGAACCGGGUGGACAUAGCGCGCAGCGAGAUAUUCGUCUACGGCCAGGAAUGGCCAAAUGGCGCCCUGGACGAGGCCAUGAUGCAGGCGCUGGAGCACGAUAGAAUCGAUUUUGUCAAAUUACUCCUGGAGAAUGGCGUUUCGAUGAAGAAAUUUUUGACAAUACCGCGCCUCGAGGAGCUCUACAAUACCAAACACGGUCCGGCCAACACGCUGGGCUACAUCCUGCGCGAUGUCCGACCGCACAUACCCAAGGGCUACAUUUACACGCUCCACGACAUCGGCCUGGUGAUCAAUAAACUAAUGGGAGGCGCAUAUCGAUCCUAUUACACGCGCCGCAAAUUCCGGCCCAUCUACGCCAAGGUUAUGAACAGCUAUGCAAAUGCCUGCCGUAAGUCUUCCACCUACCAAUAUCAGCGUUAUGCCGGAGCCAAUUCGCUGAGCCUGGUCACCGGCCUGCUGCCGUUCACCUCGGAAAUGGCUCUCUUCGAGUUUCCAUUCAAUGAGCUGCUGAUUUGGGCCGUGCUGACCAAGCGACAGCAGAUGGCGCUGCUCAUGUGGACACAUGGCGAGGAGGCAUUGGCCAAGUCACUCGUUUCCUGCAAACUUUACAAGGCCAUGGCUCACGAAGCGGCCGAGGAUGACUUGGACACGGAAAUCUACGAGGAGUUGCGCUCCUACGCCAAAGAGUUUGAGAGCAAAGGCAACAAGCUGCUGGACUUCAGUUACCGACAGGAUGCGGAAAAGGCGCAAAGACUGCUGACCUGCGAGCUGCACUCCUGGUCAAAUCAGAGCUGCCUUUCGCUGGCUGUGGCGGCCAACCAUCGUGCCCUUCUCGCUCAUCCCUGUAGUCAGGUGAUCCUGGCGGAUCUGUGGAUGGGUGGACUGCGAACCCGCAAGAAUACCAACUUCAAGGUCAUCUUGGGCUUGGCGAUGCCAUUGUACAUCAGGCAGCUUGACUUCAAGUCGAAGGAGGAGCUGCAGCAGAUGCCGCAGACUGAGGAGGAGCAUCUGGAAAACCAGAAUCUGGACAAUGACGACUCGGAUCGUUCGCAGCCGGAUGCCGAGAGCGCCCUUUUAAAAGCCAAAAGAUCCAUUUCCUUGAGAUAUAGCAUGGGCGCGGGUGCUAAUAAUCGCGACAAGGCUCUAUUGGCGGAUUCUUACUCAGUGCGCGAUACAAAAGUACACGAAAAUGGCAAAGUUAAUCUCACUGCUGGAGCGGAAGAACAGCCCUCCAAAGUCUCACUCACCGACUCAGAUCCCGCCCAAUUUCGAGAGUUCUUCAAUCUUUCCGAGUACAAUGAGGUGAAACAGCACCAGCCGCUGCGCCUGAAAAAGAAGUUCUACGAGUUCUACACGGCACCCAUCACCAAGUUCUGGGCGGAUUCGAUUGCCUAUAUGUUCUUUCUCAUAAUGUUCUCCUUCACUGUGCUGGUGAAGAUGGAGAAUAUGCCGCGUUGGCAGGAGUGGUACUCGAUAGCAUAUAUCACAACGCUGGGCUUCGAAAAGGUGCGCGAAAUAAUAUCCUCCGAACCGGUGGCCAUUACGCAUAAGUUCUCGGUGUGGGCGUGGAAUAUGUGGAAUCCGUGCGACGGAGCAGCCAUUAUACUCUUUGUCAUCGGUUUGGCAUUUCGAUUCCGGCCGAAUACGAUGGAUAUUGGACGAGUUAUCUACUGUGUGGACAGCAUAUACUGGUACCUGCGAAUACUGAACAUUCUUGGCGUGAAUAAAUAUCUGGGACCACUGGUCACUAUGAUGGGCAAAAUGGUGAAAAACAUGAUUUACUUCGUGGUCCUAUUGGCGGUUGUGUUGAUGAGCUUUGGUGUCAGCAGACAAGCGAUUCUCUUCCCCGACAAACAACCCACCUGGAGUCUCAUCAAGGAGGUUAUUGCCGGCUCCAUAACGGCGCCCGGAUUUCUAGGUGCCCUGGGGCACAAUACCCGUUCCAGCUAUCAUCGUGGCUAUCAUACAAUGGGUGCUCCACCAGUGACCACCACUGCAGCCAGCUCCACCACCGGUUCCAGCUCCACAGUUCCGGCGGCAACAUCUGCAACUCCGCCCACCCACAAUGAGCAUUCGAAUUUGACGAGCGGCAACUUGACAAAUGUCAUCUUCCAGCCCUACUUCAUGCUGUACGGAGAGGUGUUCGCCGGCGAUAUCGACCCUCCCUGCGGCGAGGAUCCCAGCCAGCCGGGCUGCGUCACUGGCCAUUGGGUAACGCCGAUAACCAUGUCCAUGUACCUCUUGAUUGCCAAUAUUCUGCUGAUAAAUUUGCUCAUCGCCGUAUUCAACAAUAUCUUCAACGAGGUCAACUCGGUUUCGCAUCAGGUGUGGAUGUUCCAGCGAUUCACUGUGGUGAUGGAGUACCAGCAGAAGCCCGUCCUGCCGCCGCCCUUCAUCGCGCUGUGCCACUUCUACUCGCUGCUCAAGUACUGUGUGCGGAAGGCGAAAGGAUUGGAGGUGCAGCGGGACAAUGGUCUCAAACUGUUCCUGGAAAAGGACGACCUGGAGCGGCUGUACGACUUCGAGGAGGAGUGCGUCGAGGGCUUCUUUCACGAACAGGAAAUCAUCCUUAAUCAGUCGACGGACGAGCGGGUGAAGAACACCACGGAGCGAGUGGAGACCAUGUCUCAGAAAAUCGAGGACAUCAAUCAGAAGGAAAACAUUCAAACGGCCACCGUUCAGAACAUCGAGUUCCGAUUGCGAAAGAUGGAGGAAUCCUCGGAGCAGAUACUCUCGCAUUUGGCCGUCAUACAUCGCUUCAUGUCGACACACACGGCUGGUGCGGAUGAUUUGCGCGGCUCGACGAUUAACAUUCCCGGAGAGAUGCAGCGCAUGCGCACCAUCUCCAUUUCGGACACGGAGGGCGGUGGCGUCGGCGGCGGAGGAAAUGGUGCUGGCGGUGGCAGUGGUGGUGGUGGUGGUGGUGGUGGAGGAGCCAUCGUUCCACUUGGUCUGGGUGCCGGUCUGAAUUUGAAUUCGCUCCAGGUCACAACCCGGCGCCGCUUUAACCGUUCGCUGACCGAGGUCCGUCCUGAUGCCUACAUCUUCGACGAGGGCACGCACUUUGAGGUGGUGCCUCUGCCGGAGGAACCGGACGAAGUGGUCAAGUCACGUGAGGCCCUCAACGAGCAGGUGGUCCGCAAGGCGUCGAUGCAGUCGGAGGUGGACUCGGACAUCUACAUUCCGGUGUCGCAGCGUCCAUCGACCUGUGAGACGGUUAAACGGACUCCGUACGUGACGGUGCGCCAGGAUACGGAUGCCAGCACGGAGAGCAAGGACACUCUGACGCCCAUGGGCAACAACGACGACGACCAGACGCUCGUCGGAGGCGACAACUCUGAUGAUGCGACGCCAGACAUCAACUUUGAGGCUGCCAGACAUCGAGCACUGCGACAGCGCACGGUAUCCCUGUGUCGCCGCAACUCGGAAACGUACUCCUUAACCGGGGCGGACAUAAACCGGUCGCACAUCAGCCUCAACCAGCUGGCCUCGUUGUCCCGCCGCCAGAUGAGCCUCACACAAUCGGAACCGGACAGCGACAAGGAUACGCCCGUGGGCCAGGGAUCCGCACAUCCGGGUAAAUCAGUAUUGCAUGCGAAACCCUCCAGAAAUAUCUUGCUGAAACUGCACAGCGAGUACACCUCGAUCACGGACGAGCUGGAGAGCGUCUGCCACAUGAUUGCAUCGCCCACGGUAUCCCUGCCAAGUAACAAAGCUUCUUUGGACCGGCCCAAAACAGAAAUGUCGCGGGCUGAAGCUGCGGCUUUGCUGGAGAAGAAGCAUCUGAAGGAGUGCGAAGAGAACGACUACAUGAUUCUAGAGGGACUGAUCGAGUCCCGCGGCUCAAUUGAUGCCAGCGCCCAGGGAUUCGAGAUUGGCGUAUCCAUAGACUACAGCCAUCGCUACCCGCUGCGCCGAGAGACCGCCGUGGAGCUGUCACCUUCGAAGCCCUCGGUAGAUGGUGACCUGAUGGGCGGUGGCGGAGGUGGCGGUGCCGGCGGAGGCGAUAGUAGCGAUACCAGCGGGGCCGGUAGCUGCGGUGCCAUGGCCGGUAUCUCGAGCGGCUUUCAAUUGAAGAACGAGCGCCCCUGGCAGCGCAACUCCUCGAUGGAGCAGCAAACGUAUCCCUCACCGUUGGUGCCCACACGGGCCACCAGUGACUUCCUUAAUCCGCCGUACGAGGGUCGGCUGUUCAAGAAGUCCAGUGAGAGUCUGCAGAAGAACUCCAGCACGGAAACGGACUACUCGGCGCAUCCGUACCGCUUUAUCAAGCAGAGCUCCAACGAGACAAACACUUCGCUGACGGGCUCCUAUAAUGUGGACACACCCUCGCUGACGGCGGAGCCCUCGUUGGACGCCGGCGACUCGCACUCGGCGACGGGAAUUAGCAUUAGCGUUGGCGCUGUGGGCGGCACUGCCACGGCGCGUUACCAGCCCAUCCGUACCGCCUCGGUAGGCGCUGCCGAUGGCAGGCGUUUGCGAGAGGAGAGCUCUAGUUCGCUGGAUCUUAGCUCCUCGGGGCCAGUGACGAUGCAGGCAGCGCCGGCACCGCCAGUGCGUCCGAUGCUGCUAAAGAAACAGUUUAGCGUCGACCAGGGCAAGCCGUCUCAGCCGUCCGCCGAGGCAGUGCCUCAGACACCGGAGGCGGCCCAGGCUGGUCAGGCCAAACUGAUUUCCACGCUCAAGCCGCAGCCCUUUGCGAGCAAGCUGGGCAUGAAUGUGCUGAAGGAGAGCAGCUCCAGCACGGACGAGUCCGUCGGCUCGUCAGCCAAGAGCAGCAAUCCGGCGCUAUCCAUACCCCAGAUCAGCACCCACCUGGUGCAGGACGAGAUCGCCAAACUAUCGUCGAACAUCAAGAGCAGCACCGAAUCGGAAAAGGAUCCGCCGUUCAACGAGACAAUGUGUUAGCAAAGUGGAAGGUCUAGGCCAAUGAAACGUGUGUGUCACACACUGUGCUCAAUGGGGAAACUAGUCAUAGGAGUGGGUGAUAAAUAAGUUGAUGAACUAGCGUUGGGAUCUGGGAAACAGAUAUCAGAGAUUAUGCAUAUUUAUUCGAGGGUUCGCCAGUUAAGUACGUGUUAAUGAUUUUGACAAUACAUAGUUCACAAAUUCUCUGUA